UGCCCUGUGCACAGACCAAUGAGAACCUUGGAGGAGAAGGAGGGUCAUUUCCUCUCCGCUCUCUGCACCUCCCUCGGGGCUUUAAAAACCACAGCCCUCAGGCGGGAGAGACCUUCGGUCAGCAGGGACUCCGAGACCUAAACAUGAACACCACGGGAACCACUGAGAACUAUGACUACUACAGCAUGGACCCCAGCAUACCAGUGGACGGCUCGUCCAACAUCCUGCGCGUGCCGGACAUCAUCGCUCUCAUCAUCUUCGUGUUUGUCUUUCUGGUGGGAGUGCCGGGCAACGCCCUGGUGGUCUGGGUGACGAAGUCUGAGGCCGGACGAACCAUCAAUGCCAUCUGGUUUCUCAACCUGGCGGUGGCCGACCUCCUCUCCUGCCUGGCACUGCCCACCUUGUUCGUGUCCAUCAUCUACGACAACCAUUGGUUCCUUGGUGACGCGGCCUGCCGCAUCCUCCCCUCUCUCAUCCUGCUCAACAUGUACGCCAGCAUCUUGCUUCUGGCCACCAUCAGCGCCGACCGCUUUCUGCUGGUGUUUAAUCCCAUCUGGUGCCAGAACUACAGAGGGGCCUACUUGGCCUGGAUAGCCUGCGGUGUGGCCUGGGUCUCGGCCCUGCUGCUCAUCAUACCGUCCUUCAUGUUUCGUAGGGAAUACCAUCAUGAGUUCCCAAGCAAGACGAUCUGUGUCGUUGACUAUGGCGGAGACAAUACCCAUACAGAGAGGACCGUAGCUGCGCUGCGGCUGGUUCUGGGCUAUCUGUGGCCGCUGGUCACGCUCACGAUCUGCUACACCUUCCUUCUGAUCCGGGCUUGGAGCCGCAGCGCCACACGCUCCACCAAGACGCUCAAGGUGGUGGUGGCUGUGGUGGCCAGCUUCUUUGUCUUCUGGCUGCCCUACCAGGUGACAGGGUUAUUGAUAGCCUUCUUCUCCAAAACACACCCCAGCUUCCACACCUUGUCCCGCCUGGACAACCUGUGGGUCUCCAUUGCGUACAUCAACUGCUGUAUCAACCCCAUCAUCUACGUGGCCGCCGCCCAGGGCUUCCACUCCCGCCUCCUCAAGUCCCUCCCCGCCGGGAUCCGGAACGUGUUGACCGAGGAGACCGCGCUCAGGGACACCAAGUCCAGCACGCUCUCCACGGCAGACACCCUGGCCCAGAAGGACCAGGCGGUGUGAGGAGGGCUCCCCCGGGGCCACUGUCUGCCUGCGCCUCCAACCUUCCCUGGGUCCAUUUUUUUUUUUUUUUUGCUUAUUUCCACUCCGCCCUGAGUGAGCUCAUGCUGUGUUGGUUCUUCCUCUUCUGGGUGAACUCGCUUCGUAACCUUUCUCAUUUCCAAGGUCAACACCUCCUUCCAGGGGCGCCCAACCUUCCUUCUCAUCCAAGGACUUUGAAACAAACAAACAAACAGAAACCAAGGCACUCGGAGUAUCCCCCAGACAGCGACGUGUGUGCGGGGCAGAGUGGGAAUAUAGGAAAAGGAUACGUUAGAGACAAGCGGAAACAUCUCAACUUUUAACACAGACAAGUAGAAACAUCUUAACCUUUCGAAGAAGAGUUAUGUUUUUAUUUUCCGGGAGACUUGGGGAAAAAAAACAGCCAGGGCAUCCCCACAAUUAUUCUGGUUUAGGACAGAACAAAAGUACGCAGACUGCUAAGCUUUUGUAAGUGAGUUGACUUCAAGAAAAACAGUAAGUUAAAAUGUUACUGAAAUAAGUUGUUUAAAGCGUUUUAAGUGAAAGGAUUGGAUGCGGUUACAAGAAGUGGGAGGAAGGCGUUUCAAAGAUGGAGGGCGGGACGCGUUGGUAGGCUACCUCCAGGAGGUGGGGUCAUAGAGGAAUUUGACUUCUUAUUUUGGAAACUACUGUUUGUUCUGCACUUAACAAAUAAUUAAACUUGGUAUUUGGACGUCGUCGUCGACUUGCCUGCGGUUGUAACAGCACAGAGGGGUCUGUGUCCCUUUUGACCUAUUUCCCUCAAUAGAAAAACAUGUUGUAAGACAGCAUUGCACAGUCACAAGCAGGAUGUUGAUAUUGAUACAGUCCAGGAACAGGACACUUUCAACACCAGCAGGGUGUGACCCGCCCCCUCCAGAGAGCUCCCCCCACUUCACUCCACUUCCUCAGCCUGUUCUGAGCCCACUGGCAUGCAUGGACCUACUCUUCCCCUCCACGAUGUUGCUCUUUCGAGAAUGCCAGAGCAGGGGAAUCAUGUAACUCUUGACUUUUUAAAAAGCUAGUGCGCAUCACUCUAAUAAUGAAAAUAAAAACAAAUGUCGAAAUGUUGUCGUGUACGAUUGACUUUAAAACCCUUUUGCUUAGUGUUUUGUGUGUGCGUGCGUAUGUGUGUGGAUUGGAUAGAAAUAUUGUACAGGCCAGCGCUGUCCAACGGGAAUGCGAUGUGAGUCACACGGGUGGUUUGGAAUGUUCUAGUAGCCAUGUUAAA